AAAAAUAUGUGAUUGAAAAAGGAUACUUCACUGUGAUCAGAAGUGGGUCCAAAAAAUAAAAUUUAUAUAAAUGUCAAAGCAUAGGCCAGAAGGUAGCAACAGAGAAUCAAUGGCGAAAACAACUCACAUAGCAGUAGUUUCAAUCCCUGCAUUCAGCCACCAAGCCUCCAUAGUGGAGUUCUGCAAGAGACUCCUGGAACUCCACCGCCACUUCCACGUGACCUGCAUCUUCCCCACCAUCGACGCACCUCUCCCCGCCACCCUCACUCUCCUCCAAUCCCUCCCUCCGAACAUCCACCACACCUUCCUCCCUCCCAUCAACAAACAAGACCUCCCCCAACACGCCCCCUCGCCAGUCCAAAUCCAGCUCGCUGUCUCCCACUCCAUGCCUUCCUUCCGCCACACCUUGCACUCUCUCCUCUCCACCACGCCCCUCGCCGCUCUAAUUUCCGACCCCUUCGCCAACGAGUCACUCGAAAUAGCCAACGAAUUCAACCUCUUAUCCUUCGUAUACUUCCCUCCCUCAGCCAUGACUCUCUCGCUUUUCCUCCACUCGCCAACUCUUCACCACCAAGUUUCCUGCGAAUACAGAGACCACAAAGAACCCAUUCAGCUUCCAGGCUGUGCCCCAAUUCCAGGCCCAGACCUCCCCGAGCAUUUCCAGAACCGUUCGAGCCUCGCUUAUGAGUUAAUCCUCGAGCGCUGCAAGAGACUCUCUCUCGCCCACGGCUUCUUGGUUAACAGCUUCUCCAAACUAGAACAAGGUUCUGAGCGAGCCUUGCAGGAGUACGCGAACCGGGUUUAUUUGGUCGGGCCAGUUAUACAAACCGGGUCGAGUAAUGAACCGGCGGAGUCAGAGUGCGUGAGGUGGUUGGCGAAGCAGAAGCGUAACUCGGUUUUGUAUGUGUCGUUUGGAAGCGGAGGCACACUCUCUGAAGAACAGGUGAAUGAGUUAGCUUUUGGGUUGGAGUUGAGUGGUCAGAAUUUCUUGUGGGUUUUGAGAGCGCCCAGUGACACGCCAGAUGCUGCUUAUGUUGCUGCUUCUAAUGAUGACCCUUUGAGGUUUUUACCAGAUGGGUUCCUUGAGAGAACCCAAGGGCGUGGUUUGGUUGUUAUUAAUUGGGCCCCACAGGCCCAAAUCCUUGGUCACGCUUCAACCGGUGGGUUUCUGACCCACUGUGGGUGGAAUUCGGCGCUUGAGAGCAUUGUGUUGGGAGUGCCGAUGAUAGCGUGGCCUUUGUUUGCUGAACAGAGAAUGAAUGCUGUUUUGUUAACCGAGGGCGUUAGAGUGGGCUUGAGGCCCAAAUUCAAUGAGAAUGGGAUAGCGGAGAGAGAGGAAAUUGCUGAGGUGGUUAAAGGUCUAAUGGUGGGUGAAGAAGGAAAUGAGAUUAGAAGAAGAAUUGAAAAGCUCAAAGAUGCAGCUGCUGAUGCGUUGAAAGAAGAUGGGUCCUCCACAAGGGCACUUUACCGGUUUGGCAAACUUUUUGGGACAACCUUAGUGUGAAUUGUUUGGCUUCCUUAAAAAUCGGGAAGGAAGUACGAGAAUAGGUAUUGGUCGAAUGGACAGCUUGAUAUUUCAAUUUUGUGCCUAUUUCAAUUCAGUUGCCACUUUGAGAGCCAGAUUUUAUAUUCACUCAAUUUAUUUGAUGGUUGUUGAAGGA